UCAGCAGCGCGACACGUGUGGCGCUCUUUCUCUGUUAGCUAACAACCGCUAGUUACGCAGCACAGGAAUCGCCGCUGUUUUUGUGUUUGUUCGGUGAGUUUGAGGCGAACGGAGGACGAUGGCUGCCGCCGGGACACAGAGCAGGAAGAGGCUCCUGAAGGACGAGGACAUGACCAAGGUGGAGUUUGAGACCAGCGAGGAGGUGGACGUCACCCCCACGUUUGACACCAUGGGCCUCCGAGAGGACCUACUCCGCGGCAUCUACGCUUACGGCUUUGAGAAGCCGUCAGCGAUCCAGCAGAGAGCCAUCAAACAGAUCAUCAAAGGCAGAGACGUCAUCGCACAGUCUCAGUCUGGAACAGGAAAGACGGCCACGUUCUGUGUGUCAGUGCUGCAGUGUCUGGACAUCCAGGUGAGGGAGACCCAGGCUCUGAUCCUCGCUCCAACCAGAGAGUUGGCUGGACAGAUCCAGAAGGUGCUGCUCGCUCUUGGUGACUACAUGAAUGUCCAGUGUCAUGCAUGCAUCGGUGGGACAAACGUUGGAGAGGACAUCAGGAAGUUGGACUAUGGUCAGCAUGUGGUGGCAGGAACUCCUGGACGAGUGUUUGAUAUGAUUCGACGCAGGAGUCUGAGGACCAGAGCCAUCAAGAUGCUGGUCCUGGACGAAGCUGACGAGAUGCUCAACAAAGGGUUUAAGGAGCAGAUCUACGACGUGUACCGUUACCUGCCUCCUGCCACACAGGUGUGUCUGAUCAGUGCCACGCUGCCACACGAGAUCCUGGAGAUGACAAACAAGUUCAUGACCGACCCGAUCCGCAUCCUGGUCAAACGUGAUGAGUUGACUCUUGAGGGGAUCAAACAGUUCUUUGUUGCUGUGGAGAGGGAGGAGUGGAAGUUUGACACACUGUGUGAUCUUUAUGACACGCUGACCAUCACACAGGCCGUCAUCUUCUGUAACACCAAGAGAAAGGUGGACUGGCUGACAGAGAAGAUGAGAGAAGCAAACUUCACAGUGUCAUCGAUGCAUGGAGACAUGCCUCAGAAAGAGAGAGAGUCCAUCAUGAAGGAGUUCAGAUCAGGAGCCAGUCGUGUGUUGAUCUCCACUGAUGUGUGGGCUCGAGGUCUGGACGUUCCUCAGGUGUCACUGAUCAUCAACUAUGACCUGCCCAACAACAGAGAGCUCUAUAUCCACAGGAUUGGUCGAUCGGGUCGUUACGGUCGUAAGGGUGUGGCCAUUAACUUUGUGAAGAACGAUGACAUCAGGAUCCUGCGAGACAUCGAGCAGUAUUACUCCACCCAGAUCGACGAGAUGCCCAUGAACGUGGCUGACCUGAUCUGAUGACAUCUCGUACUACUCUGAUUUUACCUGGAUGACAUCAUACCAGAGCCCCGCCCCCUCACAUCCUGUUAUUUUUGAUGUUUUUUUAACAGUUUUAGCGUUAGAGUUUUUCUUUGAGGUAAAAAACAAAGUUUGAUUUGUUUUUGUAAAUAAAGUUUUGGUUCCUCGU